AUGGCAUUCAGAGAUGUGGCUGUGGAUUUCACCCAGGAUGAGUGGGUGCUGCUGAGCCCUGCUCAGAGGUCCCUGUACCGGGAGGUGAUGCUGGAGAACUACAGCAACCUGGUCUCACUGGAACCGAAGCCGGAACUCCACCUCUGCCCUUUCUGCCCUCCGGAUCUCUGCAGUCAGAAAUUCCACAUGCAGCAGGUGCUGUGUAGUCCCCCACCCUGGAUCUUCACGUGCCUGUAUGCCGAAGAUCCCGUCCAGCCAGGAGACCUGUGCCUGGAGGACCAGCAGCAGCAGGCCGCUGGUGGUAGUGCCUGGAUCGAGGAAGUGGAAGGGCAGGAGAGAGAAGGUGCCCCGCCUUUGUUUGGAAAGACAGAGAAAAGUACUAUAGGAGCAUUCCCCAGGCCAACCCAGAGGCAGCCAGCCAUCUCCGGGGGUGGGGUCCCAGGUAUGGAGAUAGAGCCCGGCCCGGCACAGUUGGGGACCCCUGAGGAAACAGACACGCUGUUGAAGAGGAUCGAAGUCCUGGGGUUUGGAACUGUCAACUGUGGAGAGUGUGGACUGGGCUUCAGCAAGAUGACGAACCUGCUCAGUCACCAGAGGAUCCACUCCGGGGAGAAGCCCUACGUGUGCGGGGUGUGUGGGAAGGGCUUCAGUCUAAAGAAGAGCCUGGCCAGACACCAGAAGGCGCACUCAGGGGAGAAGCCUCUCGUGUGUGGGGAGUGUGGGCGGGGCUUUAACCGGAAGUCGACACUCAUCAUACACGAGAGGACACACUCGGGCGAGAAGCCGUACAUGUGCGGUGAAUGCGGGCGAGGCUUCAGCCAGAAGUCGAACCUCAUCAUCCACCAGAGGACACACUCUGGGGAGAAGCCCUACGUGUGCCAGGAGUGCGGGAAAGGCUUCAGCCAGAAAUCGGCCGUCGUCAGGCACCGGAGGACACACCUGGAGGAGAAGACCAUCGUGUGCAGCGACUGCGGGCUGGGUUUCAGCGACAGGUCGAACCUCAUCUCGCACCAGAGGACGCACUCAGGGGAGAAGCCGUAUGCCUGCAAAGAGUGUGGGCGCUGCUUCCGGCAGAGGUCCACGCUCGUCAACCACCAGAGGACACACUCAAAGGAGAAGCCUUACGUGUGUGGAGUGUGCGGUCACAGAUUCAGCCAGAAUUCAACCCUCAUCUCGCACAGGCGCACACACACCGGGGAGAAGCCUUACGUGUGUGGGGUGUGUGGGCGGGGCUUCAGUCUCAAGUCCCAUCUCAACAGGCACCAGAACACGCACUCCGGACACAAACCCAUCGUGUGCAAGGACUGCGGGCGCAUCUUCAGCCAGCAGUCCAACCUCAUCCGACACCAGAGGACGCACUCGGGGGAGAAGCCCCUGGUGUGUGCGGAGUGCGGGCGAGGCUUCAGCCAGAAGUCGAACCUCGUGGCACACCAGAGGACGCAUUCCGGGGAGAAGCCAUACGUGUGCAGAGAGUGUGGGCGGGGCUUCCGCCACCAGUCGGGCCUCAUUCGGCACCGCCGCACACACACAAGGGAGCAGCCAUACAACUGCCGGCGGUGCGGGAGGGGCUUCGGCAACAAGUCCGCGCUGCUCAUGCACAAGUGGUCACACUCGGAAGAGAACUCCUGUCUGUGCACGGAGUGCGGCCAAGGCUUUCCCCACAAGUCACACCUCAUCCUCCACCAGAUGACACACCAGGGGAGGACGCCGCAUGUGUGCAGUGCGUGCGGGCAAGGCUUCAGCCAGAAGUGCCACCUCAGCAGACACAGGAGGAAUGUGUGCCCACCACAGACCACCAUUUCAGUCUGA